AUGGGAAUCUCAAACAUUACAGGUGAAAAAGAAGAACAUCAUGGGAACUUGUCUUCCGGAAACAGUGUGGAAGGAGAAGAACAAGAAGUUGAGCAAAACAAACACCAUGAUCAGCUCCUCAAUCACUUCCUCUAUGGCUCUCCCAAUGGAGAUGAUGAUCAAACCAACAGCCAUAUUGGCUCAACUUCUUCACUUCAACAACAAAGAGUUAAGAAGAAGCGGAAUCUCCCCGGCACUCCAGAUCCAAAUGCUGAAGUGAUUGCUUUAUCACCCACAACCCUAAUGGCGACAAAUAGGUUUGUGUGUGAGAUAUGCAACAAGGGGUUUCAGAGGGAUCAAAACCUUCAAUUGCACAGGAGAGGGCACAACCUGCCGUGGAAACUCCGGCAAAGAACCAACGACGGGGAAGUGAAGAAACGGGUGUACGUGUGCCCCGAACCGACGUGUGUUCAUCACAACCCGGCUCGAGCGCUCGGGGAUCUUACGGGGAUUAAGAAGCAUUUUAGCAGAAAACAUGGGGAGAAGAAAUGGAAGUGUGAGAAAUGCUCCAAGAAGUAUGCAGUUCAGUCUGAUUGGAAGGCUCAUCAAAAGACUUGUGGCACUAGAGAGUACAAAUGUGACUGUGGAACUCUCUUUUCCAGAAGGGACAGCUUCAUCACACACAGGGCUUUCUGUGAUGCAUUAACAGAAGAAAACAACAAACUAAAACAAGGAGUAGUUGUCAACAGUACUAUAGAACCAAUCUCAGUCUCCAUUCCUCCAAAACUCUCUCAAUUUGGCAAAUCAAUGAUGCCUGAAUUCAACCUCUACGACCACAAAAAUCCUCUCAAAUCCCUCCCUUGGCAACUCGACAACUCAAACCCGUUCCCCGCCCCGGUCGCCGCUACUGCCUCGGGAGGCUUGUUCAUGGCUGGACCCGGAAGCAGCAACUCCUCCUCUUUCUCAAGCCUUCAGCUCAGUUCCGCUGCCGCUUCUCGUUUCAGCUACCUUCAUGACAGCAAAAAUAGCUGCUUUCAGGUUUCUGGGUCGGGCACGGCAGCGCUUGUAACAUCAGCCACCGCCUUGUUGCAGAAAGCUGCACAGAUCGGUGCCACUGCAAGCUCCAUAGGUGGUUUGAACUCACCAUUGGAAGUGCAACAUUCUGAUCAACAAGACAUGGUAGGGAUCGAUAUGGGAAUGUAUGGACAUAUGAUGACGACGAAAGAACAAGAUAAUUGUAGUAGUAGCAACUCGAGCUUUCUCGUCCAUGAAAAGGGUCAGUGGUCGGUAUCGAGGUUCUCCGAUGGUGACGUCAGUGGCGAGAGUCCCAUGAUGACUCUGGAUUUGUUGGGAGAAGGAGGGUGGAGGUUGAGACAGUUGCAGGAAGAUCAAAAUCGCCACCACCACCGUCAGACCAUGCCGAUUAUGAAGCAUUUUGAGCUACAAAACUUUGAUCAUGGAGAUCCAAAUGUUGACAAAUCCAUAUUUGAGUUCUAA